GUUAUAUGCCUCUGACGCUGACAGGAAGGUCUUCGGGCCCCAGGAGGUGGGGAUCAUUUCAGCAGUGAGGUUCCCUCCUGUCCCAGGAAAGCUGUGCCUGACCUGUGGAAGCUGCGGGUGAGCCAUGCCACCUGCUGGGGUUGCCUCCUCCCCGGCUCUGGACAUCCGGGGUGGCACCUGGGGCCCCAAGGAGGUGCAUGAGGUGACAAUCUUAGGAGCCGUUGGCUUGGCAGCUCUGUGCUGGGUGGCUUCUUGCUUGUAAAUGAUUCUGUCAGAAAUAUCUAAAGCAAUGCUCUUCAGGCCUUUGACGCCCACCCAAAAAAGAUUAAAGUAGAUUCUUCAUCAGCUAUUUUAAUAACACCUAAGGAUUAUGCAAUCUUUUGGAAAAUCAAAUCCGCUUCUCCCCCUACCGUAUGUGUGUGUGUGUGUGUCCCUAUGUGGGCACGCACUGAAAUGGGGCUGAUGCCUGGGGUCUGUUUAAUAUUCAGCAGGACGUGUCCUUUGCUCCCCAGGGCUAUGUAACGCACAGUGCCAGGGGAAGCUGGAGGGAAGGAAGGAGAGCCCACCCGCCAAUGGCUGUGCCUUCCUGCUCUUUAGAGAGAGCCCUGACUUUGCCACCUUUGUCUCCCCUUUCUUUAAAGAACGUGUCUUCAAAAGACAAACCCUAUAAGGCCUAGUCUCUGACGCACGUGCAAAAUAGACUCUCAGUAAAUGUGGCCAGAGGCACCUGCUCUGCCAGGUUCAAAGUGGGUCACCCUCAUUCCCAGCCGUGGUUCCCUUACUCCCCAGAUUCCUCCGUGGGUUCCAGCCAGCUUAUUGCCCAAACGGGCCUUUGGUCUUCUCAACUCCAGGAUCGUUACUCAUGCCUGCCCCUGCUUCCUUCCUCGAAGUCAAUCCAAAUUGACUGAUCCUUCAAGGCCCCUGUUAAAAAGUCAACUCUUUCAUGGAGGCCUUUCCUGACCACCUCCUCCCCAACCCCAAACCACAUUGAUCCCUUUUGGUCCAGUGGAACGUGUCCAAGAUGGCGCCCCCCGCCCUCACCAGUCAACAACACUCCAGGUGCAAUGGUGUUACUGUAGCCAGAACUACCCGUCCCCACACUCCGUGGUUCCAGGUUUGCAGGCUUGGUCCGUUACCAUUUUCAUCACUCCCUUCUCUCCCUUGCCCGCCUACUAAAAGCCACCAUUUAACUCCCUUCCCGUUCCACUGCUGGGUCUGAGAAAAAGAAGCUGACCCCUUGCUGGAAUUGUGUCUCAAGUAAGAACAUUCACUGUGUUUUGGUUGAUAGCGGCAUUUCUCCGGCCGAGGGCUGUGAGGAUGUAUGGAGUAUCUGUCUGCAAAGUGCUCAGAAGCCUCGCAGGGUGUGGAAGUGUGACACAAAAGUGACUCAUCCUCACCAUCAUCCUCGUGUGUGCCAGGCCCUGCGUGUGCCGGGAGGUACUGGGAACAAAGAGGAGUUCGGCUGGCAGACCCCUCAUGAGCAGAGAAAGGUGUGAUCGCCCUGCCCCCGACCCCCUGGUGUCCUCGAGAAUGAAGGCCAUUGGAGUUCUCGUGGUCUUUGCCUUCUGCCUGAUGGCCCCUGCCCACACCAGCUUCUGGCAAUUUCAGAAGAUGGUCAAACUCAUCACGGGACGGAGUGCCUUCUUCUCGUAUUACGGAUAUGGCUGCUACUGUGGCCUUGGGGGCAAAGGGACCCCCGUGGACGACACAGACAGAUGCUGCCUGGCGCAUGAUUGCUGCUACGGGAAGCUAAAGCAGUUUGGUUGCCAGCCCGUGCUGAACAGCUACGAAUUCCACAUUGCCAACGGGACCGUGGCCUGUCAAUGUGCCCUUGACCCCAGCGUCAGCUGCCUCUGUGGGCUGCGGGCAUGUGAGUGUGACAGGCAGUCUGCCUACUGCUUCCGAGAGAGCCUGCCCACCUACGAGAAAAACUUCAAGCCGUUCUUCUCCAGCCGGCCCCGCUGUGGCAGGCAUAAGCUCCAGUGCUAGGCAGCCAUGGGCCUCCUCAUGGGUCAGCAUGGGAUCCAAGGUCACCUGUCCUUCCUGAAGCCUUCUCAUGCCAUCCUCAGGAGGCUCUAGUUCCGCAGUCACCCUUCAGGACAUGGCCUCGGGUACACCUUUGUCACUCGACCCCAGAAAGCAGCUGAUCAGCAACGUAAAAGAUAAAAUCCUGGCAUGCUAUGGAGGGAGCCCCUGCAUAUAGACACAAAUAAAUAACACUUUCCAAUAGUCAUAUGGGCUCAGAAGCAAUCAACUGGUGGUAGGAUAGAGAGCUAUUCUGAACCCCAACCCAGGAAUUUCUAGAAGGGGAAGAGGAUGCAGGAUCUACCCUAAGUUCUCCCUCCGCCCUGAUCCCCAAAUCAGGAUGCAGGGUGGACUUGGGAACGGGUCAUGCAACCCACAUCCAGGUGUGGGCAAAGCAGGGAUCUUGCAAAACACAGUCUUGGCACACAGCCAAGGAUCUGAGAGCUGCACUUGGACUUCGCUUCUCCUCUGUUCCGGUUCUGCUCUCCAAAAUCCCUCAGGUAGGAAAGAUUAAUGUCAUUUCCAUCUCUCCGGAGAUAGAGCAUGAAGAUAUCCACACCCACCAUUGCCACAUGGGUGUCCCAGGAAAAUGUCACAGAGAUGGAGAAAGGACCUGGAAGGGGGCAUCAGAGGGACCCAAAAUUUCUACCCAAAUCCAGAAGCUCCUAGUGCUAUCAGACUUAGAGUCUAAUGAACACCAAAGUGACCUGAGCUGAGCGGAUUCUGUUCUUUUUAAUGCCGCACUGUCAUGGCAAAAUGCACAAUUGGCCACAAUUGUCCUUAACCCCACUGCAUCCUUGCCUCUCGUGAAGGAAUGCGCAGCUUUGUCCAUCAAGAAGUAGAAUUUAUUUUUGCCAGUGGUUGAAUCUGAACUCUGCUCCGGCCCCGUGAGUUAUUUUGGUCAGUAGAAUGUAGUGGAACCUAAUGAUGGUCUGCCAGUUCCUGAGCCUGGGCCAAGGAGACCUGGUGCUCUACUCUCUCAGGAUGCCAGGCUCCGCCAAGAAGAAGCCUGGGCUGGCCCAAUGGCAGGUGGGAGCCAAAGUCCAUCAGCCCCACUGUGUCCACUCAGACACUGGACAUAUAAGAACUCUUGGCAAAGGUCAGCAAAACCUAUUCAUUGUUGACCAUGACCCACAAGAGAAGCUCUCUGGGACCAAAGAACACUUUCCGGCUGAGCCCAGGCUAAGUUGCCAUUUGCAGAAUUGUGAGCUGAAUAAAGG